CUCUCAUGUGAUCAAUGCCAAGCUUAUCAGACGCUUCUCAUUGGUCUAGAUGAUAGAGAGGAAACGCGCUGAUCAUGGAAACGGAUUUUUGCAAUUUGGGGUGUUGAUUGCUUUUGUGCGCGAUAAAUUCGUGAAACUAUAUUGAACAGUAUUGCUUUGAGUAAUUUCUACAUAGCUUGCGGUAGAUUUACUUUUCAGUACAACGAGCCCUAAGAGACGAUUAUUUGUCUCUACUGAUUUCGCUGUGCAAGCAAGCACCUAUCGCAAUUAUGCUGGAUAUGGAAAUGGGCGACGUGAAAGCCUCAGAUGAGGCUGUGACCAUUGCUACUGAUUCUACUUGUUCAUCAGACAGAGGAAAGAUAGAUACUCCCGAGGCGCGCAACUCGCUUUCCCAAAAAGAACCCGUUGUGAGUAUGAUCCCCAAAGACUCUACUCCAGCCGCGACAGAACAACCAGUCAGCGUAAGUAGCGAGCCGCAGUACCCCGAGGGUCUUAAACUGGUCUCUAUUAUACUGGCGCUGUGUUUGGCUGUAUUCUUGGUGGCGCUGGAUCAGACGAUUAUUUCUACUGCUAUUCCGAAGAUUACGGAUCAUUUCAAAAGUACGGGAGAUAUUGGUUGGUAUGGAUCAAGCUACUUACUUACGAAAGCGGCGUUGCAGCCUAGUUUUGGAAGGAUAUACUCUAUCUUCAGCAUCAAAUAUACCUUCUUGACUGCCAUUGCCAUCUUUGAGCUUGGCUCCUUACUCUGCGCUACGGCAAGGAGCAGCAAUAUGCUGAUCGUUGGCCGAGCUAUCGCUGGAGCGGGAGUAGGAGGUCUGUUUACGGGUUCGAUUAUCAUUGUUGUGUAUAGUUUACCGCUGCGUAAGAGGCCACUGGCAAUGGGUAUAAUUAGUAGUAUGUGGGGAAUAGCAUCAGUCGCCGGACCAUUGCUCGGCGGCGUCUUUACGCAACCUCCCAUCGGAGCCUUCUGUGUCGCUGUAAUAUCUCUCAUCCUUCACAUCAACCGCCCCAAUAAUCCCUCCUCUCUUACCCUCAAACAACGCAUCUUAAAGCUCGACCUCCUCGGUGCCUCCCUCCUCAUUCCUGCCAUAAUCUGUCUCCUCCUCCCUCUCCAAUGGGGUGGCUCUACUUACCCUUGGAACAGCGGCCACAUUAUCGGCCUCUUCGUCACCUCAGCUAUUCUCACCCUCCUAUUCAUAUGCACGCAAAUCCGGCUCGGCGAGGCCGGAACCCUCCCUCCAUACCUCUUCCAAAACCGGAACACUGUAUGCGCAUUCGCAUUCUCCGCAUUUUUCGGUGCUGGUUUCUUCAGUCUCUCCUACUACCUCCCGGUAUAUUUCCAAAGCGUCAAAGGCUCCUCGGCCCUGCACGCUGGAAUCCAAAUGCUCCCCUUACUCCUCGCAUGCACGGUCAGUUCCACCGGAACCGGGGCUGCGAUCUCCGCACUCGGGUACUACACCCCAAUCAUGCUCAUCUGCAUGGUGUUAUUUGCCAUUGGCUCUGGGCUACUAACCACGCUGUCGGUCACCACGUCAUAUGCGCGGAACGCAGGGUUUCAGGUUCUUACCGGCCUGGGUGUGGGCGUUGGGUUCGAGAGCGGGAUUAUUGUCGCGCAGACAGUGAUGUCAAACAAGCGGAUUCCGGUGGCUAUAUCUUGUGUUUCGUUGUUUAUGACGCUGGGUGGGGCGGUCUUUGUGCCGGUUUCGCAGACCCUGUUUCAAAAUAAGUUGGUAGAGGGGGUUGAGGAGAGGGUCCCAGGGUUAGAUGCGAGGGCAUUCUUGGAUAGUGGGGUUACGGAGAUUAGGGCGCUAUUAGAAACAUGGGGGCAGGAGGGACAAUUGGAGAAGGUAUUGGAGGCGUAUGCGGAGGGGUUGAGGGCGACAUUUUGGGUUUCGACGGCCUGUGCUAUUGGGGGUUUUCUGGCUGCCUGUGGAUUGGAGUGGAAGAGUGUAAGGAAGGAGAAAGAGGGGCAUUGACCUAGUGAAAUUGGAACAAUAGGAAUUUUUGUAUGCUGUGAUGGACGGGAAGUUGGUAUAUGAAACAAAAAAUACGAUUUGCAUGUUUUGAGGCUGUAAGCGUAAACAAAAUUGAUAGAAUAUACGAAUAUAAAGGACAAGAUAUUAUAGGGGGAAAAUAGUUUGGAGUAUGUGGGUAACCAUCAACAG